AUGUUAGUUUUAAAAGGAGUACGUAAGCAAGUAUGUAAGAAAGCUUUCUUAAGUUUAUAUGGUGUUGGCGAAAAGCACGUCAGAAGAUUAUGCCACCUACUAGUGACUGGAUCCACUUCAAGAGAUAAUAGAGGACUUUUCAGAAGAGUGGUGCUUUUAAGCGGAACUGCGCUUAGUCCGUGGGCAACCGUCCGAAACGCCGAAAGCUUGAGAACCAGUGUAGGAAAACAGACUGGCUGCCUGCCCAUGGAAUCUGGAAUGCAGCAUCAAGAAGAGAAUAUGGAUAUCGCAGGAUGUCUUAGAUCAAGACCCUUGCAAGUCCUCCUCGACGUCGAGUUGGAACAAGUUCGUUUCAUGCCCCGCAUAGCUCCGUCAUUACCUAUAGAUGCCGAAGCUAGUGAUCCAGCCUACGCUAUGGAACACGCCAGUGAAAACUUUAUUACGUGUGAAGUGAUGCUAGGUACAACGACAACAGAGAGCUAUAGUGAUUUUAGUGCUAACGACAUCCAAUAUGGGUUUGAAGAGGAUCAACGAAAUAGGGUUUUACGGACUUAUAUUCGAAACGCGUACGUUUACCAUUUAAACGAGAUAUUCUCGGCUGUGAAAAAUGAAUACACGGAUUGGGACAAACCUAUCCAACAUCCGAUUAAUAUCCGAGAUUCUACGAUGGAGGCGCUAAGUGACGGACAUACUGUGUCUCCAUUAGUGCGUGUCGCGUAUCUCCAUGCGAGGAGAGGUGCUAAGACUUAUUUUUUUCAUUUCGGUUAUCAGACCAAGGACAGUGACUAUCCUCAACGUCUGGGUAGCAUACGAGGUGAAGACCUUAUCUAUAUUUUGGGCUUACCAAUGGUCGGUGGAAUGCCCCACUUUCCCCAAAACUUUAGUAGACAGGACUUGGGUGUUGCGGAAGCUAUGCUUAACUUCAUAAGCAAUUUCGUGAAAAGUGGUGAUCCUAAUGCUCCGUCGCAAGGUAAUAAGGACACUGUUCCACCGGAUUAUGGAACUACCCGGGAGAAAACGCGGUAUAAAGGUCUUGUGUGGGAUCCUUACGAGAUAGGAACGCAAUUUUAUCUUAGUGUCAGUACUUACUACUUUAAAAGUUGA